AUGGAGAAUAUCACAGCGCAUGUCAAUAAAAAAAUGGAUAGAUAUCUCGACAACAUCAAGUUGGUUAACAUGCCUUCCAAAGGGUUUGAACUUCGGAUACUCAAAAUGUAUUCUCGAUGGCUUAAAGAAUACGCAUAUAGACAAACGAUACUUGGAUCAUGGAAACCCAUGAGUGAACAAGAUAAUAGUGGAGAAACAGAAAACCAAGAAAGCAAGGAGCUACAAGAGAUUUCUACGAGUUUUUACAAUGGUAAAAGAGGUGAUCUUAAGGUCCAUCUACGGAUCUGCCUGAAACAUGAUGGCAAGCUAUUUGAUGUCUGUAACAUCGAAAUUUCCAGAAACGGUGACAUGGAAAGGAAGACAUUAACCGAUACAGCAAAAGUAAUGCUGGAAGGAAAGUGCAUUCUUGACCAGGUUGUGAAGAUCGGAAUAUUGAAGGGGGAUCAGGCAAAAGACGUCGAAGUCUUGAACGCUCAGCUCUGUGGCCUUAAAGGUGUGUUGAUAGGAGUCCGCCUGGAGGAAAGCGAGAGAGGCUACGUGGCUGAAAGCCGUAGCUCUACUCUUUGUAUCCCAACAAGGAUCGCACACUUGCCUUCGUUUUCUAAAACCAUGGUUCCUGCGGUUUUAAUAAUCAAAGAACAAGCUGAAAAAAACGCCAACAUAAUGCUAGAUGCUUUGGACAAAGACAACAGUCAGUUUGGAUCUCAAAGCCCAAAUCGAGAAAACGGGUUCUUGAAACCAACUUGGCUUGGGCCCAAGCCUUCUUCCCCAAAAGUUGUGCCUCCUCUCCCAAAAGUUUUUUUAGCAUAA